ACCCCCAUGUUUGAAAUAAUUUAUGUCGUCAGGCGGCAAAAUUUAAGUGUAAUAUUCGUAUAAAAUAGAGUUGUACUUUUAUUUUUCAGAAGGAAAAGAAAUGGAUUGCUUAGAAAACAAACGUUUUUUAUGUGAUAUUUGCAAUUCUGGAUUCAGUCAGAAGAGUAAUUUAUACGCUCAUCGCCGCACUCAUACUGGUGAAAGACUUUACAUAUGUCCGGAUUGUGGAAAAUCAUACGCCAAACGAUCUACCCUCAAUCUCCAUUGUUUGACUCAUCUUGAGGUAAAACCUCAUCCCUGUGAUUUGUGCCCUAAAAGAUUUAGUCUGAGAACUCAGCUCAAGCGACAUUAUACAACUCAUUUUAAAACUAAGCCUUUCAGUUGUGAUAUUUGUAACAAAAGUUUUAGUGACAAGUGUGAGCUUGCUAAUCAUAUAUUGAUUCACACAGGAGAAUCUCCUUAUACUUGCGAGUUCUGUAAUAAAGCUUUUGAUAGGUAUUCCAGAUUAGAGACCCAUAUUUUAUCUCAUACUGGAGAGAGAGCAUUUGUCUGUGAACUAUGCCAAAAGAGAUUUAUUCAUAAAUCUCAAUUACAGUAUCAUUACAGAACUCAUACUGGAGAAAAACCAUAUAUUUGUGAACUGUGUAACAAAGGCUUUAUGCAGAAUUCUGCUUUAAAAGUUCAUUAUUUAACACAUACUGGGCUAAAACCAUUUCAAUGUGAAUUUUGUAAUAAAUGGUUUCGGACUAAAUCCGAUCUUAAUAAGCAUGCUUAUACUCAUGGCGGAGAAAAACCUUUCAAGUGUGAAGUCUGUUUAAAAAGUUUUAUACAGAAAGGAGCACUUGAGAUACACAAUUUUAUCCACACUGGAGAAAGGCCACAUAUUUGUGAAUUUUGUAAAGUUGGUUUCCGAGCCAAAGCCCAUCUCAGGAAACAUUAUAAAACUCAUAAGAGAUAUAGAAUUCAGCAAGAGAAACAAAAUUUGAUGCAGACAGAAAUAUUUACAAAAACAGAGGUAGAGAAACAUAUAGUUGUCUUAAAUGACUUAGAAACAGAAAAAAAUUCGCAAGUUCUACGUGAAAAAAAGAAUUACGCAAAAUCAUGUUGAAAUUACAGAUUGAACUGAAUGAGAAUUUAUAUACUUAUGAUAGGAGAAUAUAAUGCAGUUGCCAGAUUUUUUUUUUUUUUUGUGUGUGUGUGUGGUAAUUCUGAGUUCUCUUCAAGAUGAAAGCCAAUCGAGAUGAAGUUUUAGCCAGUUCUAACUUUCUGAGUAAUGGCAUGGUGUCCUUUGCUUAUACGCAAUGUAUUUGAUACCAUAUCUGAAUAUCAAAAUAUUGCUGGAGAAUUUAUCACUUCUUUAUACUCUCUUUUUCAUUUGAAAUAAAUGCUAAUGAUUA